AUGCAAACAUCGAACCCAAAACAUCUGCCGUGUUACGAAGUGCAGAUAGAGGAGAGUGGGCGCCGCCGUGGGCUAGGCCAGCGCGUGCUGCGCGUGCUCGAGCAACUGGCGCGGGCCACACGCAUGCGCUGCGUGCGUCUCACCGCACUCACGCACAACCCCUCCGCUUCUGCCUUCUUCAGGGCUUGCGGGUACACCCUAGAUGAAACUAGUCCGUCUAGAGAAGAAACUACACACUAUGAAAUAUUAAGUAAGACCACGGAACCUAUGGAAGGGUAUGAUGAUGAACAGGAUCAAAAUCACGAA